AUGGAGGAUAUACUUCCCGUCCCCCAACCCAAGGCUAAUCGGCCAUGCCCUUCUCCCGACAGCUAUGUGGACUCACAGACAGGGCUUGAUCCCAAGAAACGAAAGCCGCCUGCAAGUGGCAUAUUCGUUCCAAGCAAAAAGCUCAAAAGUGGCGAAAGCACAGAUCGUUGCUUUCAAUCAUCCUCGAAUGCUUGGCAGCUGUCUGCAGAAAUAUGGCAACAUGUUUUCGCCUUUCUUCCACCAAAAAUGCUUGGUAGACUCCUGUCUGUCAACAAGUGUUUUCAUUUUCUACUCAAUCCGUCACCCACCCAUUCCCAUCAUGCCCAAUUUCCUGUUCUUCCUCGGCUCCUCGCGACUUUGAAGCCAGAAGUCAUCUGGCAACUUUCAAGAAGACGUUUCUGGGCAGCCAUGCCUACCCCCCUCCGAGGUCAUACUGAACUUCAAAUGUGGCAAUUAGCUUGUCAUAAUAGAUGUCAGUUUUGUGGCACGAUAGGUAGAAUGAACCUUGAUGCUACUUGUGAUCCGCUAAAAGAUCAGCAUAAGCAUGCUGGUCCUCGGCCUAUUUGGCCCUUUGCCUUGAGAAGCUGUGGACCGUGUCUGUUAGACAGAACUAUCAAGGAAGUUGACUUGUUGCUCUCAUCCUCGGUACCUUCAUGUCUGAUACCCGCGCUACCUUUCAUUUUUAUCGACGAUAGCAUGCACAUAAUACCAUCUGCGGUGCUGCAAACAGGGCGAGCAACUUUGGAGCUAACUGUUACCAAACUGUUUCUCUCGAGUCAUGUAACGGCUAUUCAAGAAGAAUUCACGUCGGUCAGGGCAAUGGGCGAGGCAACAGCUGGAGAGUGGAUCAAGGGCCUAGAGGGACGUGGGAAGGAGCACCGUGCCGAGUCUCUUCGAUGGGAGAAAUUUGAGGUAUCUGGUGGAAUUAACCAGAUGCGGCGGCGUUUGUGUCAUAACUCGACAACAGCUAAUAACGCAUCCAACGAAGCUGUAAAAGAGUCAAUGCCUCUAAUGGCCGCUAAUCCUUUUGAAAGACAGGGGAGCUCUAUAGAGCUAUCAAAGACCUUCGAUACUCAAAAGCUCCCCGCUAUCUCCCCUCAGACGGCUGAAGUAAUGAAAGCCGCUCGUCGAAGAGAGAUAGAAAAAAGAGCCAGAGAACUCGAACCGCCGCUACCAGCUCAUGUAUUAGCCCUCAUCCCUUCGUUCAAGGCAGCAGUCCAGAUCACGUCCCCCCUAGAUGAUACGGCCUGGAGCUUGCUGAAACGCUUGUUGAUGGCCCAGCGACAAGAUAUAGACCCGAAACAGCACCAAUCACAGAUGGUGUCCGCUCUUUCUCAGGUCACCACUACAAAGACGGCUAAUCCACAGGGUGUACAGGAACUGACCUUGGAAGCCAAACAAAAAGUUGAUAAAGCUUGGGAUGACGCCCAGGCUCCUCUCCGAGCACGAAUUGCAGCGCUAGCUGAUAAAUUUAUUCGUGAUAGCUGGGCAAAUUGCCGCACUGGUCUUGGUAAGGAACAGAGUGAACGAUUUGCUGCUGAGGUCCUUCUCUACGUACGGAAGAAGUUCUAUGCCAGUGUCGAGUCCGAAGAUGCUGUUGCUCGGGCUACCGGCAAAGAACCUCUUCGCGAUUCUCCAAAUGGUCCCUUCACAAGGAAGCUUACGCUUGAAAACAUGAAGUGGGUUUUCGACGUCAAAGUUAAGCCCUUUACUGAAGAGUUUGGAAAAGACCUCUUCUACUGUAGUAGUUGCUAUAAAGAGAGCUUCAAACUAUACAGCUUUGAGGGAGUAAUACAGCAUUAUGCUGCGAAACACACGAGAUGUCUGAGUCUAGGCAACGCCGUAGUUCAUUGGCGAGCAGAGUGGCCUAAAAUACCUCCCUUUCACCCCAAACCAUACACUGUGAGGAAACCAGAAGCCGAAUUUCCCAAGCGUAAGAUCAACGAGAGGCUGGAGCUCUUAACAAUAGCCCACCAAGAACAGCCUCAUCGCUAUGAGGCGCAAAUGCCAAUAUAUAGCCAUCCUACAUCAUCACAUAUUCAUUAUGAAGGACCUCAAAUACAACCACCACACGAUCAAUUUCAUCCAUAUAUCCCGUCUUGGCCUAAUUAUGCUUAUCCGUUGCACGGGCAAGCACUUCCGGAUUAUUGUGAAUCGCUUCCAGCUGGGCCUAUCCGUCAAUUUCAACCAUCGUUUUUCCACGGAGGAGGCUCUCACCUUGACACUGAAGAUUCAUAUCAAAACCACAGCUACAUACCUUAUCGAAGCCAUACGACACCGGAACUCCACUCCUCGCACUACUUUCAGCCUUCUGAUACAGAUGACGAAAAAUUGGAGGAGAUUGCACGGAACUCGAGAGAAAUUUGGCUCACUAUGGCGCCCUUACAAGAAAUUCGGAGGUCUAUCAAGGUGUUUGUUAUGAUUCAUCACGUGUGCGCCCGUUUUCAAACAAGAUUCUCAGAGCUACUACCUCUACAUUUGUUCGUUGAUGGUCUAUACACUAAAGACGGAAUGCGCCCUGUUCGCAAAGCUAACGGCCUGCAAUGCAAAGUCUGCUGCCUUGGGCUAGGCACCACAUCAGAUACACAUCGACACGAGGAAUUCUACAAUCUAGGACAACUGGCCAAACACUUUAAUCAGCGACAUUGUCAGCAACAACAUGCCAUUGGCGCACCAGUAUUUAAUUGGUGUACUGAUAUGAUAUACCUCCCACCGCAUACUUUAUCCGAAUCAGGUAGCAUUGCAAGAAUUAACCCUGAUCAGCUUGGUCUUAUCCAGGGUGCUCUCCCAGGUACCUGGAGCAACAUCGGAACUGUGAUUGCUAAUGACAGAAUAUUUGAUCCCCCCACUCCUCUCCCUACUCGGCGCAAGCAGAAACUUCAAGUGACAAGCAGUCGCAACAACGUAACACGCUGUGCGGGCGAAAAUAUAUCGAGGAGGGCCAAGUCUAGCUCAAAAUUUGCAAAAAUAAAUGUUUCAGGGACUAGAGGCAAAUCUUCGCUAUUAAAACCUAUUCGUCAAUCUAAAGCAAACAUAGAUACUGACUCUCGUUCUGAUUCAAGGGUCAAUUCCCCAUCGAUCCACGAGCCCCCAAAGCAUGCUGGAGAUGACGAGGACGAAGAUGAUAGUUUUGAUCUGAUCGCUGGCUUGGAAUCACAGCUGGAUCAACAAGCUUUAUCACCUUGCCCUAAUACUCCAAUAAGACGAGACAGCUAG